AUGGCGGUCCUCGCUAGAUGGUGGAUGAUUUUCAGUAGGAUAUCGACGAUGCCGUGGAUGUGUCUCCAGGCAGCAAUUGAGCAAAUUCUCCAAGAGGACGAUGCCCUGAAGCAGGAAUCGCGGCUUCUAAAAUGGCAAACGCUAAAGAACUCGGAGCUCCUGAAUGUUAGUUUCAUUGGAACCCUGAUCGCCUCCGCCUGCACCGGCUCAAUACAGUGGUCUUCAUUGCAGACAGCGCACUGGAUUGUAUCUGCUGCCUGGUACGGCACAUUAGUAUUCAGCCUCAUGAGCGUAAUGGUGGCCUUCUACCUCAGCAUCCUGCUCUCCAACUUCUCCAUCAACCCUAGUGGUCCAAAACUCUUGCUCCAAACCCUUCAUAGGAGCGGAAAUAAGCGCAAAGCGAGAUGGGGAAGUCUGUUUGCGCUGCAAUUGCCGCUUAUGCUGUUGAGUUACAGUUUGAUUGCGUAUGUGAUCGGUCUAGCGGUUAUGGUUGUUCAGCCGCUUUGGAGCGAGCCUUGGGGGGAUAAGAGUUUGAUUGCGAUUUUCUUUUUGAUUUUUCUGACUUUGUCGAUUGGUGGUUUUGGUGCUGUUUGUCAGUUUAUAUACGUCCAAUGCGAGGAAGUGCUGGAGGUUGAGUGA